GAACAGCAGCGCGGAAGGUGUCCCCGUCGUGAUUACGACGGGAUUUCAAGCGGUCACGAAUCCUGAAAGUUUCUUUCGUGGUGCUAAUUUAACGAAGGGGAAGCUCCUCCACGAAUCUGGCCACGUUUAUGACGUGAAGGAGGUCCGUUUCGACGGACGAGCGGAUGUCACGGCGCGCUGUGUGCCGCAGACAAGACUGAGCGCACCCGUAAAGCACGUCGAGCUUCACCUUGACAACAACCGGGCGAUUGUUUCCGCACAAUGCGACUGUCGUGCUGGCGUCGCAGGGAGGUGUAAACACACCGCGGCAGUCGUCGUGUACUUGAAGGAAGAUGUAGCAGCAUCAAAAACGAGCUGCGCAAGGAGCUGGGGCAUACCGUCAUCGAAAAAAACGUACCCUAAGUUCUCCCGAGUGGCUCCCAACUCGCAGAAAGGAACAUCAGUGUCUGUCUGUGCUGUGGAUGUGAGCCACGUUAAACAGUUCUUCGGCGAUUUGAGUUGCCCCCUCAACGACAUGUUGCGAGCGGAAGAGCUGGUCUGCGACCAGGAUGAGGAAUCUGUGGAGCAGCCACCCUCUCCAGAGGCCCUGGUGCUCUUUGAUUGGCCAUUGGAGGGAUUCCACUACAGGAACUUCUUCAUCGAGUUUGAAUCUGGAGGGCCCAUUCAAAAGGAAGAGACAUUUGUGGAAAGCCUGCGAAGUCGUGAGAGGGCUGUCUACGAUAGGAGCAUAUGCAAGUCGUCUGAAGAGAUUCAAAGUAUCUGCAGGAACACACACUUGUCGAGGGACACCUGGCGGAAGGAGAGACUGCCUCGCAUUACAGCAACAAAGGCACAUAAAGUAAUACGCUGCCAAGGAGACUUGCAGAAGCUUGCCAAGGAGAUGGUGCUUGAAGUGCCCUUUUCGUCCCAAGCAACAGCGCAUGGGGUGCGUUACGAGCCAGAAGCUCGAGCCAAGUUUGAGGAAGAGCGCUGCGUCAAGGUCCACCAGUUCGGGCUUGUUGUGAUGCCCGAAGAUCCCUGGCUGGGGUGUUCUCCUGAUGGACUCUUCCGGAACGAUGAGGGCAAGGUCAACUUGCUUGAAAUCAAGUGCCCUGCCAGCCGGUGGAAGAAACCAUUGACGGAGAAGCCACUACUUGCAUAUUUAGUGGAAGACAAGCAUACCAAGAUCAUCAGCUUAAGGCAGUCACAUCCCAUCUACACUCAGAUCCAAAUCUGCCUGUAUGUCCUCCAACUAGAACAGUGCGAGCUGUUCAUCUACUGCUCCGUAGACCGGAAGACGUUCCGAAUUAAGCGGGACGAGGCAUUCCUCUCUUAUGCAAUCCCAUCGCUUAGAUCAUUUUAUUUCACCUUUUUCAUACAGGAACUUGCUGCACUUUGUUGA